CCAUCUCCACUCACUAAUACCCCUCACAUCUACACCUCAACCACUGAAUUCAACCAACCCAUCAAUCCAAGCAGCAUCCGCAAUGGCCGUGGCCAUGGCCUCCACCUCCGCCGCGGUAGUCCUCCAAGGCCUCUCCACCCCUUUCCUCUCCGGCUCCCGGACUCUUCUCAAUGCCACCAUCAGCGGGAGGUCCUCCGCGGCUGCGUCUCGUCGGCUCGUCGUCGUUGCGGCUGCCGCCAAGAAGUCCUGGCUCCCCGGCGUCAGAGGCGGCGGCAACUUCAUCGACCCAGAGUGGCUCGAUGGCUCGUUGCCGGGCGACUACGGGUUCGAUCCGCUGGGCUUGGGGAAGGACCCCGCGUUCCUGAAGUGGUACAGGGAGGCGGAGCUGAUCCACGGGCGGUGGGCCAUGGCGGCGGUGGUGGGCAUUUUCGUGGGGCAGGCGUGGAGCGGCGUACCGUGGUUUGAGGCCGGCGCAGACCCUGGCGCCGUCGCGCCCUUCUCCUUCGGCUCGCUCCUCGGCACGCAGCUCAUCCUCAUGGGAUGGGUCGAGUCCAAGAGGUGGGUCGACUUCUUCGACCAGGACUCGCAGUCCGUGGAGUGGGCCACGCCGUGGUCGCGCACCGCCGAGAACUUCGCCAAUGCCACCGGCGAACAGGGAUACCCUGGAGGCAAGUUCUUCGACCCCCUUGGCUUGGCUGGCACCGUCGAUAACGGCGUGUACGUACCCGACUUCGAGAAGCUCGAGCGGCUCAAGUUGGCCGAGAUCAAGCACGCCAGGAUCGCCAUGCUCGCCAUGCUCAUCUUCUACUUCGAGGCCGGACAGGGCAAGACCCCCCUUGGUGCACUGGGAUUGUAAAUUGUAAACAUGAGGCUUGGACAAAUGUAUUAAUCUACUCUACUGUGUGCAUCGUUCGUCAUGAUUCUGAACAUUAGUCUUCUCCUGUAAAAGAUCUUGUAGAUUAAUUGCUGUCAUUUAAUAACAGACACUAUUUAUUAUC